AUGUUUCAUCAACUGUUCAUCUAUUUCCUCGGUAUUACCGUUGUGAGUGCCUCGCAUAACGUGAAUUUCUUUCGACGUGACUACACUUUCUUAGAAGAAUACAACGCAUUUUACAAAUUGCACUGGGCCGAUGACGCGGGUACGUGGGACGAAGCAUUUUUAGCCUGCGACGAUGAAGGAGCCAGCUUGUUUUAUCCCGAAGAUGUCGAUGAAUGGCAAAUUGCGAGAAACUUAACCGAUUCGCCCGACGUAGAAGGAAUCUUUGUUGGUGUUCAUGAUGAAUUAGGACGAGGAGAUUUGCUCUCUUUUGACGGACAUUUUCUUUUAGAAUUUUCUGAAUUACACGUUAAUAAUCAAGAUGACUCUGAACCCAAAUGCGUAGUCAUGUCGGUUAACACAGGCAGGUACAGCAUCGGGUAUAUAUAUUCAAAAGCUACGAAAAAAUGUUACAAAGUGCACAAAAGGCAAACAACUUGGGAAGACGCCAUGCACACAUGUUACAUGGAAGGUGGCAUAUUGUCAACUGACAUACAUAUCUCGGAAUUAAAUGAUUUAUUGAACAUGAUAACAAAAGACCAACGAUACUUCAUGGGAUUUAGAAAGAUCAUGCCAUUUUCAGAUUUUUAUUCUGUUCGAGGUGAAAAAAUUGACAUUUUCCCAAGAAAUGAAGAAUACUGCGGUGUAGUGACGGUGGUACGUGGUAACGGUUACAAUAGUUAUGACCGAAUUGCUAAAUAUUCCACACAUGACUGCAAUAGUACUUUGCCAUUUAUUUGUGAACUCGAUGUAAAAUUUUAA